AUGGCAUCUACAGGAAUGCUACAGGGUCUAGAAUUGCCACUCCACCAACAGCAACAAAACCCUCAAACCAAUCAAAACUUACAGCAGCAUAGUUUACACCACCACCAUCAUCCUCAAUUAAUUGGUUCUGCCUUUACUGCUCCACACCAACUCCAACCAGUUAAGCAGAACAAUCCUUACCCACCUCCUCAAUUCACCACCUCCAAGCCCAAGUCCCCGUUAACCGACGACGAUGAUGCGACAGGAGAAGACCAGCUCUCCGGUGUGGAUCCCAAGCCAAAGAUGUCACCUUGGCAGAGGAUGAAGUGGACUGACGCCAUGGUAAGGCUUCUAAUCAUGGCCGUUUACUAUAUCGGCGACGAAGUUGGUUCAGAACCCAGCGAGCCAGCCCCCACAACAACAUCAAAGAAGAAAGCGGCAGGAGGAGGAGGAGCGCAAGGAGGGUUGUCCCAGAAGAAAGGGAAAUGGAAGUCUGUGUCGAGAGCCAUGAUGGAGAAAGGCUACUAUGUGUCUCCACAGCAAUGCGAAGACAAAUUCAACGACUUGAAUAAGAGGUACAAGAGGGUCAAUGAUAUUCUAGGAAGAGGAACUGCCUGCAAAGUUGUGGAGAAUCGGUCGUUACUCGAGACAAUGGAUUUGUCUCCCAAGAUGAAAGAUGAAGUGAAGAAACUGCUGAGCUCCAAACACUUGUUCUUCAGGGAAAUGUGUGCUUACCACAAUAGCUGUGGCCAUGGUAACGAUGUGGUUGCUCAUGCAGCUCCACUACCAAACCCUCAAUUGCAGCAGCAGCAGCAGAAGUGCGCCCAUUCUGAGAGCAGUGGCCACGGGCCAGCCCCCAAUUUGCACGAAGAUGAUGACGAGGACAGUGACGAUGAUGACGAGGAAGAAGAAUUUGAGCAUAGCAGCCAUGGACAUGGUCAAGGAGAAGUAGACGACGAGGUUCGUGAUCACGAGCUGCGGCAUAAGAAGGCGAGGAGGAAGGGGGAGGAGAUAAUGAUGAUGACCUCGGAUUCGAUGAGGGAAUUCGGCUUGGAAUUGGCGAGCAUGGUGCAGGACGGAGGGAGGAGUGCGUGGGAGAAGCUGCAAUGGAUGAAGGCGAGGAUGGUGGAGCUGGAAGAGCAGAGAGUUGGGUAUCAGGAGCAGGCAUUGGAGAUAGAGAAGCAGAGGCUGAAGUGGGUGAAGUUUGCUGGCAAGAAAGAGAGGGAGAUGGAGAGGGUGAAAGUUGAGAACGAGAGGAAGAAGAUUGAGAAUGAGAGGAUGGUUUUGAUUAUAAGAAGGAAGGAGCUUGAAUUGCUUGAUGUUCAACAUCAGCAGCAAGUUUGUUCGAGCAGGAGUGAUCCCUCGUCAUUUCCUGGAUGA